UAAGACCAAUAAUUAAAGUUAGUAGCAAUACUACUUUUCUCCUUUCUAAUAAUAGGCCACUUAAGUAGAGUGACUCUCUUCCCACCAGAAAGAUCCAUUUCCCCGCAUCCAUCCGCCCGUUUGAUGAGCCACCAUGUCGGAUUCUUCCGCCGUUGAAUCAUCUCCGCCACCGCCUUCCACUUUCUCCCCCACCGCCGCAGCAGCAACAGCAGCAACCACCACGCCGACGACCCCUUCUCCCGUUUACAUACACCCAAGAAGGGAGCCAUUCGAGCACGGCCUUCUCCCCAUCCCUAAGCUCAUUUUCUCCGAUGGCACCCAAUCGUUAGCUCCAAUCAAAGACAAGCUGUUGUCCCUGUCCUCCUCCUCAUCUGAGUCGGGUAUCCUUCCUCCUCACCGGGUCAGCCCGGCUGUUAUUGCUGAAACCCUCCAGAUCUCGCCUGAACAUUCCCGGCUUGUCCUCGAGACCAUCGCCUCUGUUCUGCAUAAUGAUGCUGAUCCUCUCGUCAAUGCCAAUCCCUUGGAGAUUGAUGACGUGGGUGUUGACGUCUUUGAUUUGGUGGUGUUCUUAUAUGUGCAGAGCUAUAAGAGACUAGUGCCCAAAGGACACCGUGAUUCGGCUGCGGUUGCCGAUGUCUGGCCCUCCACCUCCGCCUUUGAUGGCUUUUUGUCGGCUCUUUCCCCUUUGCAGCUUGUUCGAAGUAACAGUAGACGGUUUAUGCCAUCACAAGCUGAUGAAGAGGCUCAUCAGUUGUCGUAUUUACAUAAGCAUUUGGGCAACAUUCUCUCUCUUUUGGCAGACCCGGUUGAAGGAGAAGUCGAAGGCGAAGAAUCUCUGGUUUUAUCGAUGGAGAAGCUUGAGCAUCUCAGUUUUCUGGUUUAUUUUGGCGAAAAGGGAUCAGAGAGAAUGCCCCUGAGUCAAAAUGCUCCAUUUUUUGCAAAUUCAGACCCCGACAUGCCAGCUGUUCCGGUCCCUGCAGCACAAGUUCUUGAUUGGCUCCUCCAAAACAUUGCCUCCACUUUGGAGCAUAAUUCUGAGAGAGUUUCUGUGAAAGAAAAUGGACCAACUAAUACCGGUGAUCAAGAUGUUCAGAUGGCUGAUGUUUGCACAAGUUCUGUCAAAGGCUCAACAAGUGGUAGGGGCCCAAGUUACAUUGAGGGGAUAUCUAAAUCAGCCUAUAUAAAGCAUGCAUCUGAUCUUAAAAGCUCUUCUGUGAAGGUAAUAAAUUGCCAUGAGUCAGUAAUUUACAUUUUUGCACCUUUGAGAUAUGCAACUGUGUAUGGAUGCUCGGAUGCAACAAUAGUUCUGGGAGCAGUUGGGAAGGCUGUCAGAGUUGAACACUGUGAACGUGUUCAUGUGAUCACAGCAGCAAAGCGUAUCUGCAUCGCUAACUGCCGUGAGUGUGUAUUCUUUUUAGGGGUCAACCAACAACCCCUUAUUGUUGGUGAUAACCAUAAGUUGCAGGUUGCUCCAUAUAACACGUAUUACGCCCAACUAGAGGAGCAUAUGAAUCAAGUUGGUGUUGUGCCAACCAUCAAUAAGUGGGAUGAGCCGCUAGCUCUCGGUGUGGUUGAUCCACACGAUUCGUUAUCUCAUCCAGCUGGAGUCUCGGAUGUCCAGGCUGAGUCUGCCCACCGCUUGGACCCUGAUCAGUUCACAAAUUUUUUGAUUCCCAACUGGUUCGGUGAUCAAGAAGGUGGGUUGACGAAAGACAAUCCAUUCCCUUUACCAGAUGCUUACAGGGUGUCUCAACAAAGAAAUGACAAAAAUUUGGGGGAGGUUAAGCAACUUCUGAAGGAAACUCAGCUCGAAGAGAACCGGAAGCGGGAACUAGCAAGUGCGCUUCAUUCAUGCUUUAAGGAUUGGCUAUAUGCUUCAGGAAACAUUCGUCAACUUUACUGCUUACAAGGUGAAUGAAGAUUGAGGAAACAUAUGUGACAAUAACAGAACACGAAUUUUAGGAUGUACUUUCCCACUUCUGAUCUGCCUUUUUUGCUUUACCGGGUGCUACUGGGAGCUUGGAAUUAUGCUAAGCUGAGAUCUGACGCGUAUUUUGAUCACUGUGUAGAUCCAUCCAAUAGUAGUAGUGACAAGAGGCUUGGCUAACUUGUAAUUCUUUCUUUUAAUAUCAAAACUGUUUUAUUAGCACCUCUAUUUCUUUCUCAGCCUCAGUAAGUUUAUUCAAAUCGUGUUACAUGUUUUCUGUGAGGCUGAUAGUUCUUUCAAUUUGUGUUGAUGAUGUACAUGAAUGAAAUAAAGUGUCUUAAGCUCAUGAAAUGGUUUGAAGUUGUAUUCUGGAUCUCUAUUUCUCCGCUGGCCUUUUUUUUUUUUUUUG